CUAUCCAACCGCGUGUUGGUCAUGUGGCAAUCUUGAACGUCACGACGGCUACUGAUCGAGUUCACAGUAACCUCCAAAUUGCCGAACGGCCCGCCACGAAUUCAAGGUCGGUGGAGUGAAUGUUCCUCGACCCGUCAUCGAUAACCAUCCACGGCCGUGGAUGCUUUGUCGAUAUGUUCACGAACGGACGCGCCUCAUGCGCUAGAUUUCUAGUGACAAAACCAACCACUGAAUGCUGAUUGAUACGAUUGAUUGGAUGCAAGGCAGACGACAUUUGAUGACCUUUUGGCUAACGCAAAUAUCGAUCAAAUUUACCCCAAGAUGAUGUCCUACGGGCCGUAUAGCUCGAGGCGGGACAGUUUCGAGAGGAUAGAGCUGACAGAUCGACCUAAAGCCGACCACUGGAUCUCACCAGAGACACCAUCGGAACAUAAGGUGGACAGGUUGCCUCGAUUCCAGCGAAAACCUCCACCUUGUCUGGUGGUGUUCAGUGUCCUCACCGACUUCUUACUGCUGAGUGGCACAAUAUUGCUGGAGUAUUUCUUAAGGUGGACCAAUGUUUUCCCGUAUCGCAAGCAGCGUUUCUCGUGCGGUUAUGAUGCCAUAAAACAGAGCAGUAACGAAUCACAGCCGACGUUUGAAUCAUUCUUUAUCAAUGGGAAGGUAUCCGUCGAAGUGGUGUGGAUCUUUAGCUUCUGUCUGCCCCCAGCAGUUAUGCUGUUUUUUGAGAUUAUUGUCUGGUCAUUGAAUCAUCACAAGACGAAGGAGUUUCGUGUUGGAUGUGGGAGAGUCGAUGUCCCGCAGAUUGCACGAAGACUUCUCCGAUUUACAGUUGUUUUCAUAUUUGGUGCUUUUGUAACGCUGGUUAUCGUGGACGUCUCCAAGAUGAUGGUUGGCCGUCUUCGACCGAUAUUCCUCGAGGUGUGUAACCCAAAGGAUUUAACACGCUGCUCGUCACAUGGCGACAUCUGGACAGAUCAAAUCUGCCGAGAAACCGAUCUCCUCAAACUCAAGUAUGCUAGGACAUCCUUCCCUUCCAUGCAAACGGCUAUCACUGCAUAUGCUGCCAUCUUUUUAUCCGUGUACCUACACGGGGUGUCCCGCACUCACAGCAAGAACAUAACUGUGCCAUUCUUCUCACUCGGUCUCAUCCUGUGCUCAUUGCUGUGUGGCUAUAGUCGCAUUGGUCACAACCAGAGCUUCUGGGAGGACGUGCUAGCUGGAUUCAUCAUCGGUUUGGUCAUUGCAUUGUACCUGGGUGCCUAUGUUCUGCGCAGCUUUGAUUACCACGAGUAUGUCUCCAACAGGAAACUCUACAAGAAACUCCAGCUCAUCAUGUCAUUGGAGCGUGCCCGCGAUUUCAGGGAGGCGGACGAAAAAAGAGGUGAUAGGAUGCCAUUUUUUGGUGAUUCAACACACAAUAUUUCCAGCUCAAACCCACAGCUAACGCAUCUGCCAACAUUUGAUGGGAACGGUAUCCCACGAGCACAGUUGAUGCGACCUUCACCGAGUCACCUCUCACGAGAAAACUCUCAACAAUACCGUCAAAACACAUUUCAGAGAGAUUUACAACGGACGAUAGAUCAGUAUCGAAGGAAUUCUCCCACAGAAUGGAGUCAGCAUAUGUAACACAACUGGGGCAUCUCCAGUAUAAAUAGGAUUAGAUGUUUUGAAAAUAGGAAAUAAAAAAUAAGCUAACACCAAGUCGAUGUCAUGAUAAUUCCAUAAAUACAGAUUGUCACAUCAACCCCAAGUUGACUCUUGCAAAGGACAGUUGAUGUCUGAUGGAGUGAUGAAGAGAUGUCUUCUGUGUUUUCAUGGAAAUAUCUGAGGUUCCUUUAUUUGCAUAUUGCCUGUUCAGCCUUGGGCUUAAGUGUUUUGGGAAGAGGACCAGAAAGAUAAAUUGCCGAAAGUUAUGAAGAUUUGCUUCAGUGAAUGAAGAUUUUUUUUUCGUUGUUGAUCAAUCGUAAUUUGAAGUGAAACUGCAUCAAGAUACAAUGCAUGUGUAGAGUUUUUGUAAAUGAUCAUUAUGAGACAUCUACAAAUAGUGCAACUGCCGACUGGCAAAGAAUACUUUCUUGAUACAAGAGGGUGCGAGUAUGACAUGAAAUGAAUGGUGUCAGGAGCCACUUAAAAUGUUUUGCAGACUUGCGAGUCGUACUGGUUGGUGUUGAUUUCAAGUGCACCACUGAGCAAAAGCAUUUUGCAGCUGUACCAUUUUCCAAUCUUAUUCAUUGUACAAUACUAAAUCUCUGUCGUCAUGUUCAUCUUGAAGAAGAA